UAUCUCAUAAUCUUGUCGAAUCUGUUGCACGCGCCGGAAAAGGCUACGCUCAGUACGUAACCAUUAGUGAGCGCAUGGAUAAGAAAAUUAUAGGUAUGCUAAAGAAUGCCAUUAAGCCUCCGGUUAAGGAUUACAAGAUUAUCUGGGCGAGGAAUGAAUCCGAAUACGAUGAUCUUGAUGAAGAGUCAGAGACAAAACCAACAAUCAGCGUCUUUGAUCAAAAUAAUAAUCCUCCUUCACAGGAUCCCGUAGUUACAGAUGUCAAAAUUAAACAGGCACCUUUUGUUAUUCCACCGAUUUAUUCUGGCGUUAGAUUUAUCGUUUAUUGCAUGCUAGCAAAAGGCGUUGUCCCAAAUAAGGAGAUCAUGUUAACUGCACAAUCUCCGGACGGACCUAUGAAACUCAACAUUCCUUUAGACCCAGUAGUGUUGCAAGGGUCAAAAAUUCAUACACUUGCCGCCAGGAAACUUAUUCAAGAUCUCGAGGACGGUGUCUCCUUUAUUCAAAAGCAUCCAAAGAACAAAGGAAAGUCAAUCUCAGUUUCAGUUAUAGAAGAACAAGUAGUUUAUUUAGGAACAAUAUUCAAUUUAGCAUCGAAAUAUACGAGUUUCCUUGCAAUUGAUGAAAGUGAUAAUAAGUCAGUUGGAAAGCUGCUUCAUCCUGAGAAGAGAGAAGUGCCUAUACAACGAUCAUAUUUUUCACUCCACAAUUCUCAGCAAUCAGCUUUAUUAGCUUCCAGUGUGAGAUCCAGCAUUUCAGCUUAUAGCGUGGGUACCCCCUUUCGAGGUUAUAGAGUGGGUACCCCCUUUCGAGGUUAUAGCGCGGAUGAGGAUAGCCCUUCCACCAUAGGACCGACAGAGCCUAUCAAGAGAUCAAAGGUAGGGGCUUCACUCGGUGGAUUGCUUUCUUCAUCUGAUAAUACAUCAGAUGAUGAAACUGUUGAAGAAUCAAUAAAAGGUCAUGAACUCAAGCUCAACUUUAAAGAAUCAAAAAUUGAAGUAUUGUACGAGUUUCUUAAAUUUCAGUCCUUUAACGGUGAAUUCAAUAGUGCAGGCUUUUAUCCGUGCUUCGAUAAGAAGGAAGCUAAAGACUUUAAAGAGAUUGGUAUUGAUAACGAAAAAAUUCUGUGCACUGCAUUAGCAAUCGAAUAUUUGGAGGUAGUGAUGUUUAGGCAAUUUAAGGAUGAGUGUGAGAUGUGUUGGGAAAAAGCUAAUAAAGCACUGAGAAAAUUAGUUAAUGAAAAGGAGUUUGACGAUGUUUUGAAAAAAGCCAGAGAUUGGAUUUUAAAGUGG